CCUGUUAGGACCUUUCGAAGAUGGUCUGGCUGCCUGGCCGAGCUGGAGAUCGGAUGCCACAAUGAGGACCCACACACGGGGGGCUCCCAGUGUGUUUUUCAUAUCCCUGCUUUGCUUUGGGUCUGCCUCCAUCACCAACGAGAACCCGGAAGCCCUGGUUCCCUUCACCAACGCCAACUACGACAGCCACCCCAUGCUGUUCUUCUCCCGAGCAGAGGUGGCUGAGCUGCAGCUCAGGGCCACUGGCUCACAUGCACACAUCGCUGCCCGGCUCACGGAGGCGGUGCACACCAUGCUGUCCAGCCCCCUGGACUACCUCCCACCCUGGGACCCCAAGGACUACAGCGCCCGCUGGAACGAGAUUUACGGGAACAACCUGGGGGCCUUGGCCAUGUUCUGUGUGCUGUACCCAGAGAACAUCGAAGCCCGAGACAUGGCGAAAGACUACAUGGAGAGGAUGGCGGCGCAGCCUAGUUGGUUGGUGAAAGAUGCUCCCUGGGAUGAGGUCCCGCUUGCUCACUCCCUGGUGGGCUUCGCCACUGCAUAUGACUUCCUGUACAGCUACCUGAGCAAGACACAGCAAGAGAAAUUCCUCGAAGUGAUUGCCAAUGCCUCGGGCUAUAUGUACGAGACUUCCUACAGGAGAGGGUGGGGCUUCCAGUACCUGCACAACCACCAGCCCACCAACUGCAUGGCCUUGCUCACGGGAAGCCUCAUCCUGAUGAACCAAGGGUAUCUUCAGGAGGCCUACUUAUGGACCAAGCAAGUCCUCACCAUUAUGGAGAAGUCUCUGGUCUUGCUCCGCGAGGUGACGGAUGGCUCCCUCUAUGAAGGAGUUGCAUAUGGCAGCUACACUACUCGAUCCCUCUUCCAGUACAUGUUUCUCGUUCAGAGGCACUUUGGCAUCAACCACUUUGGCCACCCGUGGCUGAAACAACACUUUGCGUUUAUGUACAGAACCAUCCUGCCAGGGUUUCAAAGGACAGUGGCUAUUGCAGACUCAAAUUACAACUGGUUUUAUGGCCCAGAAAGCCAAUUAGUGUUCCUGGAUAAGUUUGUCAUGCGUAAUGGUAGUGGCAACUGGCUGGCUGACCAGAUCAGAAGGAACCGAGUGGCGGAAGGGCCUGGAACUCCAUCCAAAGGGCAGCGCUGGUGUACCCUUCACACAGAGUUUCUCUGGUAUGACGCCAGCUUGAAAUCGGUUCCUCCUCCAGAUUUUGGGACCCCGACACUGCAUUAUUUUGAAGACUGGGGUGUUGUGACUUAUGGAAGUGCACUACCUGCAGAAAUCAAUAGAUCUUUCCUUUCCUUCAAGUCAGGAAAACUUGGGGGACGUGCAAUAUAUGACAUUGUCCACAGAAACAAAUACAAAGAUUGGAUCAAAGGAUGGAGGAAUUUUAAUGCGGGCCAUGAGCACCCUGAUCAGAAUUCAUUCACAUUUGCUCCCAAUGGCGUGCCUUUCAUCACUGAGGCUCUCUACGGGCCCAAGUAUACCUUCUUCAACAACGUCUUGAUGUUUUCCCCGGCCGUGUCCAAGAGCUGCUUUUCCCCCUGGGAGGGUCAAGUCACAGAAGACUGCUCAUCAAAGUGGUCCAAAUAUAAGCAUGACCUGGCGGCUAGCUGUCAGGGGAGGGUGGUUGCAGCCGCGGAGAAAAAUGGGCUGGUUUUCAUCCGCGGGGAAGGUGUGGGAGCCUACAAUCCCCGGCUCAACCUGCAGAAAGUUCAGCGGAAUCUACUGCUCCUCCACCCACAGCUACUCCUCCUUGUAGACCAGAUCCACCUGGGAGAGGACAGCCCCCUGGAGACGGCAGCCAGCUUCUUCCAUAAUGUGGAUGUGCCUUUCGAGGAGACCAUGGUGGACGGUGUCCAUGGGGCCUUCACCAGGCAACGGGAUGGUCUCUAUAAGAUGUACUGGAUGGAUGACACUGGCUACAGUGAGAAGGCAACCUUCGCCUCGGUGACCUACCCCCGGGGCUACCCCUACAAUGGGACAAACUAUGUGAAUGUCACCACACACCUCCGAAGCCCAGUCACUAGGGUCGCGUACCUCUUCAUUGGGCCGUCCGUGGACGUACAGAGCUUCAGCACCCACGGGGACGCCCAGCAACUGGACGUGUUCAUAGCCACCAGCGAACAUGCCUACGCAGUGUAUCUGUGGACAGGUGAGGCUGUGGGACAGUCUGCCUUUGCACAAGUCAUCGCAGAUCAUCAGAAGAUCUUGUUUGACCGAAGUGUGGCCAUCAGGACUGCCCCUGUCCCUGAGGUGAAGGACUACGUGGCAGUUGUGGAGCAGAACCUUCAGCGCUUCAAGCCGGUGUUCCAGCUGCUGGAGAAGCAGAUCCUGUCUCGUGUACGGAACACAGCUGGCUUCAGGAAGACGGCUGAGCGCCUGCUACGGUUCUCAGACAAGAGGCAGACCGAAGAGGCCAUUGACAGGAUCUUCGCCAUCUCCCAGCGGCAGCAACAGCAGCGCAAGUCCAAGAAGAACCGCAGGGCCAGCAGGCGCUACAAAUUUGUGGACACCGGUCCUGAUAUUUUUGCACAGAUCGAAGUCAACGAGAAAAAGAUUCGACAGAAAGCUCAGAUUUUGGCGCAGAAAGAACUGCCCAUAGAUGAAGAUGAAGAAAUGAAAGACCUUUUAGAUUUUGCAGAUGUGACAUAUGAGAAACAUAAAAAUGGGGAAUCGAUGAAAGGCCAGCUAGGACAGGUAAGGAUGGUGACUGCCCCCCGCAGCAGAGCCCCGGCGCUGUCCGCGUCCUAUACCAGACUCUUCCUGGUUCUGAACAUUGCCAUCUUCUUUGUCAUGCUGGCAAUGCAGCUGACAUAUUUCCAGAGGGCUCAGAGCCUGCAUGGCCAGAGGUGCCUAUAUGCAGUCCUCCUUGUAGACAGCUGUGUCCUGCUGUGGCUGUACUCCUCAUGUUCCCAGUCCCAGUGUUAGCGCCAAAGUGACACGUUGCUGGGUGAUGUUGUGGUCACAAGAGUCUAUGCAAAAAAAAAUGCAUCAACCCAGUUUGUUACUGGAUUUUUUCCCCCCUCAGAUUCAUUUUAACAAAUGAAGGGAAGAUAUUUUCCCACAAGAAAGCAGGGACAUGGAUAAAUCAGAACUGGAGCAAAGAAUUGAUCAAAGGACUAAGUAGUUGGGGGUCCUGUGGUGUUUCUGGCAUUAUUUGGCUUUGCUAAUUUAACAGUCUGUAUGAUGUUACUCUUAAAAGAAACAAAAAGUCUAUUUUUUUAAGUACUUUUUUUCUUAAGGGAAACAUUUAGAUAAAAUUGGGUUUAUUCAUAUUAAUUUAAUGGUAUUAGUGACUUAUGGAUACUAUAUUAUGGAAAAAAGUGAAGAAUGCAAUUCAGAGAAAUACUGAAAAUUUUUUAAUGGUAUCAUCAUGUUGAAAAAUAAAUGUCGCCAAGUCCUGGUAUGGCGAUGUCAGGCGUUCCUUUGGGGAGUGGUUCUGUAAUUAUGUAUUUUACUACAGGAGCUGGAUGACUCUUCAGAUAAAAUAGUAAAAAUGAUGGCAGAAGAUCAUUUGAGACUUAAAAUACAUUUUUGGGAGAAAACAUGUGUCUGUGAAUGAAUAUUUUCUUGAUGAUGCUGGUCUCUACACACAUGUAAUUGGUUACUUAUGUGUAUUCAUUGGUGGUUCAAUAAGUAAGACCAUUGCAGAUAACUUAAUGUUAUAUGUUCCUUAUAUAGAAAAUGUUGUAGACCCAGUGACUGAACUUUUCAAAAUACAAUGUUUUAUAUCCUGAAUGUUCAUUUCAAUACCAAAGAAGAUGGGGAAUCUAAAAUUUGGAUAUGACUCUUACUUUUUUUAAUAGAAAACAUUCUUUAAGUUUAUUUUGCUAAAUAAACAGAUCAUAAUUGUGAUUUUUUUCU